ACACAUUGUCAUACACAUACAGCACAAAAGGCAAAGCUAAUUUUCCCAACACUUUAGCUAACUCCUCAACAUCUAAAAAUGGUUGCAUUUUCUGCUCAAGAGAUGGCUUUCAUCUUUGGCCUUCUAGGUAACAUUGUCUCCUUUCUGGUGUUCUUGGCACCCUUGCCAACCUUCUAUACAAUUUUCAAGAACAAAUCAUCUGCGGGGUUUCAAUCAAUUCCAUACGUUGUUGCACUUCUUAGUGCACUUUUGCUUCUGUACUAUGGCUUCAUAAAGAGCAAUGCUAUUCUGAUUGUCACCAUCAACAGUAUUGGAUGUUUCAUAGAAGUUUCCUACCUUACAAUGUACAUUGUAUAUGCUCCCAAGAAGCAGAAGAUUUCCACUUUGGUAAUGAUACUCAUUGCUGACAUUGGAGGUUUUGGCUUAACCAUGUUAGUCACCAUCUUCGCUAUGAAGGGAAUUAACCGUGUUCGUGCAGUGGGAUGGGUUUGUGCCAUUUUCAACAUUGCAGUGUUCGCUGCUCCCUUAAGCAUAAUGAGGAAGGUCAUCAAAACCAAAAGUGUUGAGUACAUGCCAUUUUCACUGUCCUUGUUUCUUACCCUCUGCGCCACCAUGUGGUUUUUCUACGGGCUCUUCGACAAGGAUCAGUUCAUUAUGCUGCCAAAUGUGCUAGGAUUUCUGUUUGGCAUCACCCAAAUGAUCUUAUACAUGAUUUACAAGAAUUCUGAGAAGAAGAACACGAAAGCCAAUCGUGCACAGCAGCAAGAAAGUGAGGGCACAGUGAACACAAAACAGCACACCUGUGAUGACAAUAAACUUGAUUUCCCUUCGGUGGUGGAAAUGAAAGAGAAUCAGCUCGAUCAAGUUUGAAGUUAUGUUGAUAAAUAUCUGAGUUCUAGCGUUGAUGCAGGACUAUAUAUAGGCUUAGGUUGAAUUCUGAAUAACUAAUGUAUCGUAUCUAAUUACACUAUUGUAAUAACAGCUUUUGCCACAUGGCAUGCAUUGACUA